AUGCGGGAAGUCAACUUCAGCAUCCCCAACGCCAACAAAGCCUCCGUCGGCAUCACCACCGCCCUCUACGACCGCCGCGCCCUCGACUGCACCUCCACCCUCCCCCUCAUCAACUCCCUCAACAACCUCGCCUACCUCACCACCUCCUCCGGCCGCAUACGCGACAUCCUCACCGUCGAUGGCGGCAUCGAGCGCCUCGUCUGCAUCCUCAAGGAGGGCCGCAGCAAGGACAUGAUGGAGAUGUGGAAGUGGAACCUCGCCUUCCAGUGCAUCGUCAACAUUGGCGUCCGCGGCUCCGAGGCCGUGCGCACGCGUGUCGUCGAGGCAGACAUGGUGCCCGUCAUCGCCACCAUUCUCGACAACUACUUCCACGUCCUCGACAAGUGCCGCGAGCGUGCGGACGUGGAAGGUCGGCGGAAAUGCCCCUUCACCGGCGCCAAGGGCUUCUCGCGCUCCUCCAGCCGCAAUGAUGCCUACGACUCGCGUACUGCCAGAGCACGACGCCACGCUCCCCCGCCCAUCACCAUCCCCGAGCCCCUAGAACCUCCAGAGGCCGAUGAGCCCCCGAGCGUCAUCACUCCGACCGCGCCAGCGGCCAAUCUAUCUCUCAGCUCUCCCCCCGAGCGCACAUCAUUCCUCCGACAGUCACCACAUCAUCAUCACCACCACCACCAUCACCACCGAUCACAUGGCAGCAGGUCGCAAUUGCUGCAGGCCGGCUCGAGCCAGGACCGACGAAAUCCUGAACCUCUUCAGAGCACUUCCAAUCAUCCAAGUCUCGGACUCAGGCCAGUCCGCGACGUCGACCGACUGCCCUCCAUGGUUCCAACCCUCCAUGCAGAGCACAGCUCGCAGCCUCAGUCACCGACCACACCCAGCGCUCCGGCCCACGCAUCGGUGAGCCUGCAGAACUCUAUUGUUGGGCGACAGAGACGAAGGCCAUCCAUUCGACAUCAGCUUUCCAUCUCCGGCUCUGAUGACGAUGGCAUUAUUGAGGAGGCUUCGGAGGACUCCACCAGUCCAACGGACCAGCCCGAGCCCGCAGUAGUGGGCAUGGAGACGGACAUUGUCAUGCAAGACAUUGUCGAUGAAGAGAGUCUACUCGAGCCUCAGACGAACGCAAUGACACUGACCGCUCCGGACGUAUCGAGCACCGAUGAUGAAACAUUCAACAUCACUCAUCGGUCAGCUGCGGAUGGAAGUCUGGUCAGCCCUGCCGCUACGCCCACGCAAGCCACCAUGGGCUUCGCGCAGGGUCAGAUCAUCCCUCCGCCGGUCAACGCUGUCAAUGCAACCCCACCCAACAUGCAGCAGUCUCCCGUGUGGUAUCCCUCGCGCGGCCUUCCCCUCGACCGCCCUGCACCAGCGAGCAUCCUCGCGGCCAUGCCACGAGACGAAGACGUGCUCAUGUCUCUUCAGUUACUCGCCUACGUCUCCAAAUACUGCUACCUUCGCACCUACUUCCAGAAAUCCCACCUAGUCCCCCGAUUGAAGAUCGGCAACGACCUCCGCCUCCUCGAUCCGGAUCACAAUCCCGCAACCCACCCGGGCCCCACUCAAGAAGAGCUGGACGAGGAAUGGGACAACGAAUUCGUGCCCAAAGCCGAGGAACAACCCUACAACAUCUUCCCGCUCAUCGAGAAGUUCACCGCCAAACCCUCCUCAUCCCGCCAUCACAACAACCCGCCCGUCUCGCCGCAGCAAGGCGACAUGCAAUACUGGGCGGGCGUGGUGAUGCGCAAUCUGUGCCGCAAAGACGAGUCCCGCGGCGGCAUCCGCCAAUGCGCCUACUGGCAGUGCGGCAAGUGGGAGGAGUACACCCGGCAGUUCGCCAAGUGUCGGCGCUGCAGACGGACAAAGUACUGCAGUAAGGAGUGCCAGAAGGGCGCGUGGGGCAGCCAUCGCUUUUGGUGCGUGGCUGCUGAGCCUGGUGAGGGGGAGCCUGGGAGUGCGAGUGGGAGCUCGGGCAAUAAUGCUGGUACUGGUUCUACUGCUGCUGCGACGUCGGGUGGUGGAAGCGGACAUCGGCUGCAUCAUCAUCACCAUCACCAUCAUCGACAUGGAAGUCAUUCUCAGCAGCAGAGGACUGGAGGCGCGCCCAACGGCUCUCAUUGA